CGGCCGCCGGGACCAGAGGGGAUAAAGCAGACCGCAGCUCCAGCGCCGCGCCAGUCUGCUCCGAGCCGCCGAACCGGGCAGAACGUGCGCGCGUGCGAGCGAGCGCGACCCCACCAGGACCUCCGCGACGAGAGUCGCUCGCGUAAAAGUGAAGUGCGACGUGUUUGUGAGUGAGUGAGUGUGUGUGACCCCGGUGGACUAAAGGAUUAUUAUGCUGUGGACUGCGUGCGGACCGGCGCUCACCUGCUCGGCUGGGACUGCGAGCAUGAGAUAGCCACCGAGUGAUUUCGCGCGUCCGUGAAGCUCGACUUAUCGAGUCCCCGUGUAGCGGCCCGUCAGCUGAGAACUGAGGAUGACCAUGGACAUGCACCUGCAGCAGAGAGGAGGCCUCCGGGUGGAGGCGGCCUCGCUGUCCAACAAGGGCUCGACGGCGUCCCCGGCGUCCUCGGAGGCGUCCCCCAUGUCCGAGCGGACGGGGUCCCCGGCCGGAAGCCCGGCCGCGUCGCCCUCCCUGCCCAUGCCCGUCAUCCACAACAACAACAAUAACAACAACAAGUCACCGCCGCCACACCAAACCAACAAGAUGUCCAUCAAAAGGAGUUUCGACGUGGCGUUCCUGAUGGCUCCCGACGACCUGAGCACCAUCAAGAAGCGGCACCAGGAGCAGGAGCAGCAGCUGCGGCUCGUGACCACCGCCUCCCUCAUGAUGAGGUCCGCGAUGACGCCCCUGAACGUCGCCAUAACGCCGCCGCAGCCGCCGGAGCACCAGCAGCAGCGGAUCUUGCAGCAGCACCCGCCCAGCCUGAUGGUCAUGGGCCACGGCCUCCACGACGAUCAGGCGCGCUCGGCCUUCACCAAGGUGUCUUCAUCGGCGUCCUCCCUGUCGGGGCCAAUGUCUGGUCCUUUAGCGGGGCCGAUGGGCGGCGCCGGGCUGUUGCUCAUGCAGAACCCUCCGCUGCCCACGUCGCCGUCAUCAGUGUCGUCCGUCUCGGGGGGCGGCCUGUCUCCGGCAUACCAGAACAGCCUCAGCCCGUCCCCGGGGCCCGGGCCGGCGUCAUCCGCCGCGUCCACACCCAACUCUACCCCACUGGGGGUGGCGCCGGGGACUCUGCCGGGGGCGGGCUCUCCGCCGUACGCCUACCACGCGGCGCCGGCCGCCGGGCCCACCCCCUCCGCCCCCGGGCCCGGCAUGCCGUACGGCGCGCCGCCAUUCUACGUGCCUCAGGCCCACCCGCCCCCGGGGCCGGCCGCCAGCGCCCCGCCCCCGGCGUCCUCGCCCUCCCCGCAGGACAAGCAGGGCGCCGCCAAGGGCCGCCGCUACUCGCCGCCCUCGGCCAACGGCGCGGCCUCCUUCGGGUUCUCGUCGUACGGCAAGCCCCAGGAGCUCAUGGCCGGCUUCCACAAGAUGAGGCCGUCCCAGUCGGGCCACGGCAUGGGCCACAACCCCAUGCUGUACCCGGACUCGCUGGCCGCUUACACCAACCUGGCCGCAGCCGCGGCCGCCGCCUACCCGUUCGGGGCGGCUCCUCCCCCCUCCGCCCCCAGCGCGGGGUCGGCCCUGGCAGCGGCCGUGUCCGCAUCCCUCAUGCCGCCCACCCUGGCCGCGCUCUCCCUCCCGGCGCAGAACGUGUGCGCCAAGUGCAACGUGAGCUUCAGGAUGACGUCGGACCUCGUGUACCACAUGCGAGCGCACCACAAGAGCGACCACGCCGUCAACGAUCCCGGACGCCGUCGUCGAGAGCAGGACAAGCUAAAGUGCCCCGUAUGCGCGGAGAGCUUCAGGGAGCGGCACCAUCUCACCAGGCACAUGACGGCCCACCAGGACAAAGAGGGGGACGCAGGCGAGGAGCACGAUGCGCAGCUGGACUUGUGCGGCGGAAAGACGUCGCCGGCCUCACGACGUCGCACCGGCAUGCCGAGCGUCGCGACAACCUCUAUCCUUGCAGGCAGCGUGGCCAAGUGACGUCGGCCCUCGCCAAAGCGGCAACAACAGCAACAGCAACAGCAGCAGCAGGACCUGCAGUUACAACAGCAGCAGCAACAUCAACAGCAGCAGCAACAGCAGCAGCAGCAGCUGGCCCAGCGCCGCGCUCUGGCUGACGGCAGCGCCCACAUGUACCACCGCCUAGCUGCGGCGGCCGCUGCAGGGGAUUCACCGGCAGACCUCAGGCACGGCUACUACCUCAUCAACAACUACUACAAGUUUCACUGACGAGCGUGACCAGGAGUGCGCGCCCGCUUCCGACUUUAAAGGACUUUUGAAUUGAGGCAAAAUGCCGAGGAGCAGGAGAAAACGUGUGCAGAGUUAUCCAAACUAGGUCAUUUAAAUCUGUGAUAAAAAUAUAUAUCUAGUCGACAGAAAGUUAUUGCAAGCUCAUAAUGUUAUUUAUUAUUACUACUUGUUAAGUUUUAUUUUAUUUUCACUUUUCUUUGUUGUUGUCGAUUUUGAGAGUGUAUGUGGAAUUACAAUUAAUUCGAACUUUUUGCGAAGUUUACAUUUAAAUUUGUUGGUGCAGUCUAUGGGGAUGAACACCAUUCAGAUACGUAAACGUUACCUAGAUAAAUUAAUAUAGUUACCAAAUCUAGAGGUUCCUGAAAUAUUCAGGAAUUUCCCUUCUGAUAUUACGUCAGCUUUUAGAAUACUGCGAUAAGGCCGAUCCAUGUUGCCCCUAUCUCUAUUCUCGUAUCCUUUGCCGCACAAAUAACUAUAUAUUCAAGCACUAGGAGCAAACGGAUCAGAAGGAAAUACGCAAUUAUUCAUAGAAGCCAAAUGGAAAUUAACUGAAAUAAAGCGAUGUGAUGUCUGUAUA